AUAAAUAUCGAUGUUUAAUCGUGAGCAACGCGCGCUACAAGAAGACAAGAUUCUAGCUGUCAAAUGGCAACCGUUUAAAUUUUAGCUCUUUGAUCUUUGUUUAAUCCAAAUUUCCGACAUACUCAUAAUUAUCAGUAGUUAUUAUUAAGUCCUGCUUUUAGUUUACAAAAUGAAUUACGAAGACAAUUAUACGUCUGAAGAACAAAAUUGUGGGGAUUUUGGAACUGAUUUUAAUGAUGAACAACAGCAAUCUAAUGGCGACGUGGAAGACCAAGGAGGUUCUGGUGAUGCGGCUUCAGGUAGUAAAUCCUCCGAAGAAGAUAAGAAACUUUUUAUUGGUGGAAUAAGUAGAGAAACUAACCAAAAGGAUUUAAAAGAAUACUUCUCUAAGUUUGGUGAAGUAACAGAAGUAAAUAUUAAAACAGAUCCAACUAGUGGACGCUCUAGAGGAUUUGCAUUUGUUGCCUUUGCCAGCAGAGAUUCCGUCGAUUCUGUUCUUCACAAUGGACCUCAUACCAUUAAAGGAAAACAAAUUGAAGCCAAAAGGGCUAAAGUUAGACCUGGUAUUAAGAAAAUAUUUGUUGGUGGAAUUGAAUCUGACAUGACUGAAGCCGACAUCCGGAAUUAUUUUGAACACUUCGGAAAAGUAGAAACAGUUGAACUUCCAUUUGAUAAAGUAAAAAAUCAAAGGAGGCAGUUUUGUUUUGUUACAUUUGAAGAUGAAAUGACAGUAGAUCAAGUUUGCAAACAAGCUAAACAAAAGAUUGGCAACAAAGAAUGUGAUGUCAAAAAAGCAACCACUAAGCCAGAUCCCAGGUUAGCCCGUGGUGGUGGAAUGGCUGGCAGGGGUAGAGGACGAGGUGGCCCACCAGGUUGGGGCCCAGAUUAUGGCAUGCCUGGCUAUGGCGGAUAUGGAGGUAACCAAGGAUAUGGAGGUUAUGGCGGUGGUUAUGGAGACUACAGUGGUGGCUAUGGUGGAUAUUCAUCUGGCUAUGGCGGUGGUCCAGGAGGUUAUGGUAGUUACGGAGGCCAUUAUAAUGGUUGGGGUGGCUAUGGACAAAAUGGCUACUCUGGUGGUGGCUAUGGUGCUCAGCAGCCACCUGCUCCAGGAAAAGCCAGACGCGGCACCACUACUGGACAAGGCUAUCAGCCAUAUUGAUAAAUUUUAAGCCAUCUUGAUGCCCCCCACAUACAACCCAAUGGAUGGUGUACAUAGCCUGUGUUUUAUCCACUUCAUCUAUAUGCUAUAAUUUGUGCAGAACUUUUCUUCUCUUUAUCUCUCGAGUAGCAUGUUCAUGCUUUGUCCUGUGUUCUAAAAAAACAUGUGUCAAAGCACAUUCCAAAAUAAAAAAAAAAAGAAAAACAUUGUUAGUAGCCGCACACUCAUGUGAUGCAUUUUCAGAACAAAUAUAAAUGUUUUUUAUAUA